AUCAGUAGUGCUCCGCUGUUACAGUAAAAAACAAGCACCGACAAGAUACUUACAACUGUAACUCCCGUGCUGUGCGCUGUGUGUGACGACAUAAAAAUGUUUACUGUGAUAACCCUGUCCGAAUGCUUGAUGUUGACAUUUUCGUUACUAACGAUAGUUUGUCUACGUAAACUGCUCGCUGUAGAACCACCGCCAAUUUUUAACAUCUAUCGUCUGCCCGGUCAAUUCUACUGGUUUAAAGUAUUAUUUAUUUAUAUUUCGUUAAAAUUGAAAGGGUUGAAGAAAGUCACUAUCAAUUAUGACGACAUUGAGAAACCACAGUUGCUGGCAGACAACGAUAAGCCGAUCGACGCCGUCUACUUCAAUGGCGCAAACGCCAAAAAUGACGCCUUAAUUGUUGGAAUGGCGCGCAGAAAGGCGCCACUCAUUGACGGAUUUCUACUGCUGCGAUUGUCUACUUUUAAAUCGGGCGUAUUGCAGUCAUUAAGGCUACCUGAGACGUCGCUAACUCAGAUUGAACCUGAAACAGGUUACUGCGCCGAGGGAAUAUCCCUUAAACCGGUGGUUGCAAAGAAGAAAUGGGAGAUUAAAUACGACGGACAAAUGCGCGACGCUGAAGGUACCCUUCACACUGUGCAAUUGAAGCUUUACUGGACAUCGGAAAAGGAAUGCUUUAAUUUUGAUCAUGACAUGGAUCCAUAUUUAAUGGCAACUGCGAUUGCAAAAGAACGUUGGAAUAAGGAAUAUUUUGAUUUAGUUAAACGCAUACAUCAAACACAUUAUGAACAGCCAGGUGACAUAAAUGGAACCGCAAUCAUAGACGGAACUGUGCACGAAGUCAAUUUAAAGGGAUUGAGGGAUCACAGCUUUGGCAACCAUAGAGAUUGGCGUUACUUUCAUCGAUACAUAUUGCACUUUUGCACAUUAGAAAAUGGUGAUCAAAUGAAUAUUGGUAUGGUGUCAAUGCCGCUUGCAUUUUCAUUAGUCUACAUUGGAUACUACUAUAAUGCAGCCAAAAAUAAAAUGUACGCCCUUCAAGCAUGCGACUUUCCCUUUUACCAACAUGGUGAAAACGGCGUGCCUCCCGUAGAUUACGCGUUUCAGUUCAAGGCAGGAGAUCAAGAGUAUAUCAUGGAAGUCAAUGUCAUCGAAAGCAAUGAACUGUACAUCAGCAAGGAUUGUGAAGCAAAAAUCUUCGAGUCUUACAGUAAUUACAAAGUUAAUGGUAUAAAAGGUUGGGGGCAUGUAGAAUUGCAGUAUAAGAACGUUGCUGGAAAAGCCGCCAAUAAAAUUUAACUUACACCUAUUUAAUUAAUAUUAAUUUAUAUUAAUACAUGCUUUCAUAAUAUAAUGGUCACUGUUUAUUAGUUUUAA